GUCUCUGAUCGCGGAUGAAUCUAUAUAACUCUGUGGUACCUUUUGUUAGGGAGGAAAUAGUUCCAGCUAAGGCGGAGUUGUGUCGUGUUUUCUUGUUUAGGAGCAAAUAAUCGUUUCUUUUCGAAAUGCCGAAUAUAAAACUGCAAAGCUCUGAUGGCGAAGUUUUUGAGGUUGACGUUGAAAUAGCGAAGUGUUCAGUGACAAUUAAAACCAUGUUGGAAGAUCUUGGAAUGGAUGAAGAUGAUGAAGAAGUUGUUCCUCUGCCAAAUGUGAACUCUGCAAUUUUGAAAAAAGUGAUUCAGUGGGCUACUUACCAUAAGGAUGACCCUCCUCCACCAGAAGAUGAUGAAAAUAAGGAAAAGAGAACAGAUGAUAUCAGUUCAUGGGAUGCAGAUUUCUUGAAAGUUGAUCAAGGAACACUGUUUGAAUUGAUACUGGCAGCAAAUUAUCUCGACAUAAAGGGUUUGCUUGAUGUCACAUGCAAGACUGUUGCUAACAUGAUAAAGGGCAAAACUCCAGAGGAGAUACGCAAAACCUUCAACAUAAAGAAUGAUUUUACUGCUAGCGAAGAAGAGCAAGUCCGCAAAGAAAAUGAGUGGUGUGAGGAGAAGUAAAAAGAUUGCUCAAGUCACUUAAAAUUUUAUUUGAAUUUAUGUAUACACAAUUGUAAUCUCCAUCUUCUCCCUUCUGUUAAUUGUACCUAAUCAUAUGCUUCUGAUUGUCCAACCACAUAAACUUCGUGCAUACAUUUAUUGUUAAUGACAUAGUGUAUCUUAACACAGAUGUGCUGCCAAGUCGUCAUAUAAAGCUGAUGAUGCAAAUGUAUAAAGCAAAUUAGAAAAGGCUUUGGCAGUUGUACAUUUAAGUACACUUACGCAAAUCCAGGGUUUUUCCUCUUUAUUUUGGUUAUUGCAAAAUAAAAGUUCCUUUAAGUGUAUGACCUCAGUAUUUAUUGUCAGUUGUAAAACAUAUGUGAAGUAGAUUAGAGAGAAAUCUGUUAUAGACUGCAUUUUAAUAAAACCUUACAUAAAACCAA